AUGACAAGUCCUAAUAACUUGAGAUUUGCUGUGAAACAUCUCUAUAAGCAGGUAAGAAAUUUUAUAAGCUGUUGGUAGUUCAGUCCUCAGAUUUUGUUGAAUGGAAAAGAAUAAAGAAAAGUUUUAUCAGAACUGGCUUAUUUCUUCACAAGGGGCGCUUAUUUCUAUAAUUUCUGCCUAAAGGUAACGUUGUCCUCAAAAACUGGGACAUUAAAAACGAAACCCAAAUAUGAGUGUGUGUGUGUGUGGGAGUCGGGGGGGGGGGGGGGGGGGGGUUGUAGCAUGUAUUAUUUGGCUUUCAACACCCUUCUAUGUUCAGAAAUGGUCAUGUCUUAAACAGCAAUAGUGUGAAGCCUGUAAAUUAUUGAUCGUUCUCUCCUCUUCGCAUUUUUUCUUCUAUUUUGUUUUUGUAUCAGGUCCUCUAAACUAGUCUUCUAAGUUAUUCUUGCCCAAGUCGAAGUAAUCUGUUUAAUGCUUUUUGCAAGACCAUAGGUCUGAGCACAGAUCAUAGGUACAUGUACAUGUAACAACCAAUCGCAGUAUGCAUAUUAUCCAGUACAUUGUAUAUAAAAAAAUUGUUUGCUUAUUUUUUGCCGUUUCAGUUAUUGUAUCUUGGAAGAGAUUAUCCAGCAGGCGAGCAAUACUUCAAGUCGAAACUUAAACGAGCUUUUAUAAAACACAGAGAAGAAACGGAUCCAGAAAAAAUCAAGAUGUUAAUUGCUAGAGGAGAGUACGUCAUCAAGGAACUUGAGGCACUGUACAUGUUACGCAAGUAUAGAACUUUAAAGCAACGUUACUAUGGAGAUGAACAAAAGUGA